GGCUGUUAGCUACAGCUAACUCUGUGGAAAACGACACAGGCAAAGAGGCGUCAUAAGUUGCUAACAAGCUCCAGCGCCUCCCUGUAUGCACACUUGCAGGGGGAAAUACUAAACCAUUUUUGCCUAUAAAUAACACAAAAAUCAGCAGCAGCCGUGCCCCGCCACGCAUCGACCCCCAGCGGAGCCGUCAUGUGGCAGGAGGCCCGCAAACAUGAGCGCAAGUUGCGCGGUAUGAUGGUGGACUACAAGCGCCGUGGAGAACGACGGCGGGAAUACUAUGAGAAAAUUAAAAAGGACCCAGCUCAGUUCCUGCAGGUUCACGGACGUACGUAUAAAAUCCACCUUGAUCCGGCUGUGGCUUUGGCUGCUGAGAGUCCAGCCAACAUGAUGCCUUGGCAGGGGGACACCAACAAUAUGAUUGACAGGUUUGAUGUUAGGGCGCACUUGGACUACAUUCCUACUUACACACCUACUCUGAUAAGCACCACAACUCCGGAGCAGGAAAGUGAGGACCGGAAGUGUAAUUAUGAACGUUACCGAGGCCUAGUGCAGAACGACUUUGCUAAUAUCUCUGAGGAGCAGUGUUUGUAUCAGAUAUAUGUGGAUGAGCUCUACGGUGGCCUGCAGAAACCAAACGAGGAUGAAAAGAAAAAGCUGGCUGAAAAGAAAGCUCAAAUUGGUUACACCUAUGAGGACAGUACAGUCACAGAAGCUGAUGCACGGUCAGAUAAAGGAGAUGAGGACAACUCGGAGAACAGCGAGUCUGAGGAGGAUGAAGUCAUACCCGACAUUGAUGUUGAGGUGGAUGUGGACGAACUGAACCCAGAGCAGGUGUUGGAGCUGAACAAGAUGGCCACUCCUUAUGGCAUGGCGGAAGGAGACUUUGUCUGGAUGUUGAGAAAGGACAAGGAGGAAGUGGAGGCCAUAAAGCAUGCCAAAGCGCUGGAGGCUGAGAAGGCUAUGUACUCGGGCCGGCGCUCCCGCAGACAGAGGCGAGAGUUCAGAGAAAAGUAUCUGAAAGGCAGACAGAUUAGUCCUCCAAGUUACGCCAGACGAGACAGUCCUACCUAUGACCCCUACAAGCGGCCCCAAUCUGAAUCAAGUUCAGAGUCACGCUCUCGCUCGCGUUCCCCAGGCAAUGAUAAGAUCACAUUCAUCACCAGCUUUGGGGGUAGUGAUGAAGAAGGCACUGCAGCUGCACAAGUCCCACCUACUGCCCAGUCGACCCAUGCUCCCUCCAACCCUGCAGGUCAUAGCAGGGGCUCCCGAAGGAGACGUUCCUCCUCCAGCCGUUCAUCAUCCUCCUCGCGUUCUUCCUCACGCCGCUCAUCUCGUUCUUCUUCACGGUCUCGGCGUGGUAGGCGUACACGUGGAGGACGUGAUCGAGAUGGGCGGCGUUCCCGAUCCCGCUCACACUCCCGUCACCGCUCACACUCUCGGUCAUGGCAACACGGAGGACGAGGAAGCAGCUCCAGGAGACGCUAUGAGAGGACCCGCUCUCGUUCCGCAGAAAGGGACAGAGACAGAGGAAGGCACUACACAUCACGCAGACGAACCAGGUCUCGGUCUCGAUCUCGCUCAGGUGACCGUGGUCGCCGUGGCGGCCGGAGUUCUGGGUACAGGAAAGGUGCUAGCAGCAGCCGAAGCCCAUCACGCUCACUUCCUGCCAGUCGCAGCCCCUCCCCUUCCUCUCGCUCUGCCCAGGCCGCCGCCACUGCUGUACCUGACAAACAGAGAAAGCCUGAAACUCCGGGUGGUAAAGAGACGGGAGCUGCCAAAUGUGGCAGGGUGGAUUAUCCUGCUGAAAGAUGCCACUGCCAUCAGGGAAUACUUGGUCUGCAACAACCUUUGCCCAAGAUGACCCCGCAAGAAAAGCUGAAGCUGCGCAUGCAGAAGGCCCUCAACAAGCAGUCCAAGGCGGAUAAGAAGGCAGCCCAGGUCAAAAUCCAGCAGCAGGAGCACAAGCGGCAGGAACGAGAAGGAGUGCUGAGAGCUAUGGCACGCAAAAUUCGCAUGAAGGAACGAGAGAGGCGAGAGAAAGAGAGGGAUGAGUGGGAAAGGCAGUAUGGCCGUCAGAGUCGCUCGCCUUCACCCAAUUCCAAACACAGUCGGGAUUAUAGCUCAUACAGAAGGAGGUCCCGUUCCAGAUCACGGAGUCCGUACUAUCGGUACUGAACACCAAACCCAUCACUGUGAGAGGACAGGGGAUUUAAGAGGAAGAGAACAGGCACACUAAGGCACAUAUUAGGAAAGAAUACUGAAAUGUUGGUCAGGAGUAAUCUGACUUGUGACUGGCUCGUCCUUUUUAACCGUCAGAUAAACCUGUGGUAUAAAUGAAUGUCUGAUUUCAACAAAAAGAAACACUUUUUUUUCCUUCAUCUUAUGUUUCAGAGCAUACAGAGAUACCUUAACUUUAGAAUCUUGUCCUAAUGCAGGAAAAGUCUGUUUAUGAAUGUGAAUUUCUUUUGCAGAGGUUAACUGUACUGUAAAUAGAAUUAAUUCAGUCCACUGUGUCCUCAUUUUCUACAUCUCUGACUGACAGAAAUGAGAAUUGUCUUAAAGGCACAAAAAAUGCAAAUGAAAGACUCUGAUUCACCUUUGUAUUUAAAAUAUUCAUGUCAGAAUGUGUCUGAAAAUUAUGAAGCUUUUAAAUCUGUGGUGGGGAAAAAAUUAACUUGCACUGUAAAUAUCUGCCAUCAGCCCUGUUUUACCCAUGCAAAACUGCUCAAGACAGAAAUGCUCAAAUAAAAUGCUUCCAAAGUAUGA